CAACAUUGGAAAAACCUGCCAGCGAGGUUUCGAGCUGUCUCGUUUGGCAAGUGCGGGCCACACCUCCGCUUCUCCCAGCUGGAGCGUGGCCCAGUCCUGCGYGAAACUCCAGAAGAGCCCGGAGCAAACAGCGCUCAGCACCCCGGCAGUGCAGACUCUYCUCCUUCUCUGGGUUUCCCUGUCAGAUUUUCUGCACAGACCACAGGACGUUUUUCCCAUGUUCCAUGAGGUGCUGCGGGGCCCAUUUCCACCCCGAGUGCUGCCUUUUCUGGCAGCUGUGCUUUUCCAAAGGAAGGAGAGGAAGGAGACGGGGUUCUAUCACUGGCGGUGGGAAAAGCACCYUUACUACAACCUCACAGUAAAAGUCCUCCGAGCCAGAAACAUCAAGGGUACGGAUGUGUUGUCCAAGGCAGACUGCUACGUGGAACUAAAGCUGCCCACGGCAUCUCCCCGAGUCUCCCGAACUCAGGUUGUUGACAACUCUGAGAACCCAGAAUGGAAUGAAACUUUCCAGUAYCGAAUCCAUAGUGCUGUCAAGAACAUCCUGGAGCUGACUCUCUAUGACAAGGAUGUCCUGGUCAGUGAUGAGCUCACCUCCAUCGUCUUUGAUGUGGGGGGCAUGAAGCCCGGCCAGCCUCUGCUGCGCACCUUCAGGCUGAACCCCGAGGCUAAUGAAGAGCUGGAUGUAGAGUUUUACUUGGAGAAAUGCUCAGAUGCCCCGACACAGGUAUUGACCAACGGAGUCCUUGUGGUUCAUCCUUGCUUGUCUCUGCAGGGCACUGUCAAGAAAGAGGAAAACACAAAAGAGAAACAGCAAGGAUGCUGCGAGGUCAAGGUGUCUGUCCCAGGGGCRUAUCAAAAGCAGUUGUCUAUUCCUUGGACACCAGAAAAUGAGAAGGAUUAUGAAACCUCCUUUGUCUUUCACGUGGAUAAAGAAAUAGGUCCAGAACUGCAAGUGGAGCUGGAGCAAACCAUAUCUGUCCUACAGGAUGGAGUGAACCCUGAUAUUGAAAAACAUACUACAGUUCUGGGACUGGGGACUGUGCCAGUUAAUUCCCUUCCUAUUGGAGAAAAAGUUGAUAGAAUUGUUUCUUUGGGAGAGGGAAAAAGUUUGGAUAUGAGUUUGAAAACUGAAGUGAGCACUUGGGAUCUUGAUAUACGACUGGGUUUUGAUCUCUGCAAAGAGGAGAGAGAAUUUUUGGACAAAAGGAAGAAAGUGGUUUCUGAGGCACUGAGGAAGGCUCUUCAGUUAAAAGAAUCCCCUCCWAAAGAUGAGGUUCCAGUCGUGGCUGUUUUGGGGUCUGGAGGUGGGAUGAGAGCACUGACAUCGUUCUAUGGCAGCCUGGCUGGGCUGCAGCAGCUGGGCCUUCUGGAUGCUGCCAUGUAUCUCUGUGGGAUCUCGGGCUCCACUUGGUGUUUAUCGACACUGUACCAAGACCCUGCCUGGUCACAGAAAGACCUUCAAGAUGCCAUCAGAAGAGCUCAGGAUGCUGUGUCCAGCAGCAAAGCAGGGGCAUUUUCCCCAGAACGCCUCAAGUACUAUUUCCAGGAGCUGAAUGCGAUGGAGAUCAGUGGACGGAARGUUUCCUUUACGGAUUUGUGGGGCCUUAUUGUGGAAUACUUCCUACAACAGAAGGAAGAUCCAUCCAAGCUGUCUGAUCAGCAAGAAGCAGUGAAAUGGGCCCAAAACCCUUAUCCYAUCUAUGCAGCUGUCAAUGUGAGACCCAAUAUGAGCAGUGGUGACUUUGCAGAAUGGUGUGAGUUCACUCCCUAUGAAGUUGGAUUUCGCAAAUAUGGAGCUUUUGUUCGAACAGAGGAUUUUGACAGUGAGUUCUUCAUGGGACGGCUUGUCCAGAAACAUCCAGAGCCCAGGAUUUGUUUUCUACAAGGAAUGUGGGGCAGUGCCUUUGCUGCAAGCUUGGAUGAUAUCUGCCUGAAGGUGGUUGGUAUAGGACUGAGCUUUCUGGAUUCUUUCAAAGAUGUUAUCGAAGUUGUAGACGACUGCCGAAGRUUCCAUUUCCGAGACCCAGCACGACUGAAGACUCGCUUGGUCACACCUGGGGGCCCCUUGUUACAAAUUUUCCAGGAUUUCUUCAAGUCCCGGGUCACAUGUGGAGAAACCUUCAACUUCAUGAAGGGAUUGUAUCUUCAUAAAGAUUAUGUUAACRUCAAGAAAUUCGUCGCUUGGAGAGGUACCCACCUGGAUGCGUUUCCCAACCAGCUGACACCCAUGGAUGACAGCUUGUAUUUAGUGGAUGGUGGCUUUUCUAUCAACUCUCCCUUUCCCCUGGUACUUGAGCCWGAGAGGGAUGUGGAUGUUAUCUUGUCGUUCAAUUUUUCCUGGGAAGCUCCAUUUGAGGUUUUAGAACUGACUCAGAAAUACUGUGAGGAGAGGGAAAUUCCUUUUCCAAAAAUCAAAUUUAGCAAGGAAGAUGAAAAGAACCCAAAAGAGUGUUACAUGUUUGUGGAUGAUAAUAAUCCAAAGGCUCCAAUUGUACUCCAUUUCCCRCUGGUGAAUGACACCUUCCAGAAAUACAAAGCACCAGGAGUUGAGCGUAAGUCAGAAGAAGAGAAAUCCUUUGGUGACUUUGUUAUUGAGUCAAAAGAUUCCCCUUACCGUACGCUAAAUUUCACAUUUGAGCCACAUGAUUUCAGCAGGUUAGUGAAAGUGAAUCGCUACAAUGUUUUAAACAACAAGGACGCUCUUCUCAAAACCCUGAACUUGGCUCUGCAAAGGAGGAGGUUGAAGAAAGUCAUCAAUAAGUCCAACACAUGAGCAACUUCCAAGUGUGAGGAUACAGAGAGGCUGCAGUGUACAAAAGCCAUGAGGCUCAAGACAGAAUACUGAAAGUGAAGAGCUGGAAACCCUCAUAUUGGGCAGGGAUUGGCACUCCUGGCACUGGAAACUCAUUCCAAUUUUGUUCUCUGAUGCAAACUCAAGGGAUGUACAGUACAACAUGGACUUUGCUUCCUUGUGUGGGGAAGAGGAAGGAAUUACCCARCUCAGGAUCUCAAAUCACAGUGGCUGAUUCCAGAUGAUUUGGGAGCUCUAUUCAAACUGUCCAAGCAUUUGGAGAAUAAUGUUCCAGACUGCACUGAGUAAUGCACCUCUUUAUGUCAAAGGUGCUGGGUGUUUGGGGAAACAAAUUCCCUCUGUACUUUUCUCUCUUGCUUUUGAACCUCCCUUCAUGAACUUUUACAAUUUACAUCAUCUUGUAAAGAACUCCACAGAUAAAAACUGCACACUGAGAGAGGAAAUAUCUCCUUUUGCUUUCAACUUGCUACUGGCUGAUGCCCAUUUCCUUUCAAGACUGAACGGUCAUUACCAGCUUUCCAUUUUUGCCAUUCAUGCUUUCAAAGAUCUUUGUGACUUUUACAUCCUCCUCUUCUCAAAGAUUUUAAUGACUUUUAGUCACCCAGAAAUUCAAUAUUGAGUACCUUAUUUUGGUAAAAAAAUUGGUUUUGAGGAAAUAAAUGUUCUCUUUUUAUAUUUAACGAUAAAAGCAUAUUGUGGGAUUGUUUUGCUUCUUCCUACAGUCUGAUCAUCAUGAGAUGAUGAAACUGUGCUGAAAAUGCUGUCUCAUCUUUCUCUUUCUGUGUAAGAGGAGGGAAGGCUCAUUUGAAGGGUUUGAAUUAGAUAUUUUUUCCCUUACACUCCAGUUUGUAAUUCACUCAGACCUUUGUUGAAGGAAUUUGUGUGUCUAUGUAUUUUAGAAAUGUCAAAAGUCAAGGUAGGCACACCUUAURAAUGUGAAUGAAUAAAAUAAUGUCAGAUGCUGCUGUGCUGUGGGAUGGAAUUCAYCUCACUUUGCAAAAAGCCCAGAAAAAAGUACUGAAUUAUGCAGUUGGAAAAUACGUAAUGCAGAACAGUGGCAAAAAACCACUGUUCACUUUUAUGGCUUUUACAUUGGGCUGAAUGUACCAGUUCUGUGUUUAAAACUGAAGCCUAACUGAUGUAAGGGCUUAUAGAUGGGUAUGAUUCUUAAUACAUUUUUUAUGUGUUUCUAUUUUAAUAAAUGUUAGUUUUGCUCA